AUGUACCUGUGCCGCAGACCCGGGGGACGGGCGGCGGCGGCGGCGGCGGCGGCUCUGUCGCUGCUCAGCGGCAGGUGCAGGAGCGCGGCCCCGCGGGGUCAGCGCGCCGGGAGGGCCGUGACCGUCCACCUCCUCCCCAGCGCCAAGUGUCUGUUUGAUGACCCGCUCCAGAUCCGGGCGGACGGUCUCUCUCCGCUCCAACAGGUCACGAUGAAGGCUUCGCUCACGGACGAGAAGGGGGAGACCUUCGAAUCGUUCGCCUACUACGAGGCUGACGAGCGGGGAGAGCUGGACCUGUCCCGGUCCCCGUCCCUGGGUGGACACUACUCCGGGAUUGAGCCCAUGGGGCUGUUCUGGUCACUCAUACCCAGGACGCCAUUCACCCGCCUGGUGAAGAGGGACGUGGCCAACUCUCCGCUGUGCGUAGACAUCGAGGUGUUCGAUGGCCACCGGAGCCGAGAGCAGCAGCUCGACCAGUCUUUGGCGAAGGGCACCAACGAGCGGUGGUUUAUGAGGGAAGGAGUGAAGAGGAUCCCAGUGAGAGAGGGCAACAUCAGAGGGACUCUCUUCGUGCCGCCCGGAAAUGGUCCUUUUCCCGGGGUAAUUGAUAUCUAUGCAUUGCAAAGUAGCCUAUCUGAACAGAGAGCCUGUCUCUUGGCAAACCGUGGAUUUACUACAUUGGCUUUAGCCUACUUUGGUCAUGAUGACCACCCGAAAGUUGUGACAAACCUGUACUUGGAAUACUUUAAAGAAGCUGUAACCUUUUUAAGACAGCAUCCAAAAGUUAAAGGUCCUGGAAUUGGAGCAAUAGGAACAUCGAAAGGUGGUGAUUUGGUUAUGUCGAUAGCCACCUUUUUGCCACAUGUUGCAGCAGUGAUUAAUAUCAAUGGAUGCAAUGCAAGUGCUUUGUUUGGAAUGUGCUACAAAAAUAAACUGGUGCUCACUGGUAUGGGUAUUAAUGCCAGGAAAUUACAGAUCAUAGAUUCAGGAAUUGCAGAUAUAUAUGAGGUAAUGAAUAAUCCUAUGGACAAAGCUAACCAUAGCAGUAUAAUUCCAAUAGAAAAAGCUGAGGGACACUUCUUAUUUGUUGUGGGGGAAGAUGAUAGGAACUGGAAAAGCAAGUUGUAUAUGGAGGAAGCCAUUAAACGACUGAGAGAACAUGGCAAGGACAACUAUGAGCUUAUCAGUUACCCAGGAGCUGGGCAUUUUCUGGAUCCUCCAUUUUUCCCAUUUUGCUAUGCCUCUUAUCAUGCUGUGGUUGACAGUGCUGUCUUGUGGGGAGGGAAUACCAAAGCACACUCAUUUGCUCAAGAAGACCUCUGGACAAAAGUUCAGGCAUUUCUGCAUAAAAUGCUAAACAAACAGCAAUUCAAAGAAUAACGUGAAACUGCAAUACAUGUGUGGAGUACUGACAGAUUGAGGAGGUUCGGUUUAUUAUUUGAAAAACAUUUGAAAAGCUUUUUUGUGCAAGUCAUUUGUGCUUGAUAUACCUUGUGAUCGUUUGUUAAACCACAUGCACAAUUCAAAUCAUAUUUGUUAUUUGAACUGGAACUUUUUUGGGGUGAAGCUUCUUUGGGGUGUAAAAAUGCAAACUAUUUCUGGAGCUCAAUAUCAAAUCAGAGCAACUGACUUGAGUUAAACAAUCACUGUAAAACAGGCAGUUUCUUUCUUUCACUGUAAGAACAAUGGAUAUGGAUUUUAUUGUAAAUAAAAUAUUUGUAUGACACUUUCUUGACUACAAGUAUUCUUUUAAAAUAGAACCAAAUUCAUUCCACAUUUGUACUUCAUUCUGCAUUUAAUAAUGUAUUGUGAUGAAAUGGUAAAAUGUGUUCUCCUCUCUAGCCCCUCCUCCAAUAGAAUUAUGCUCAGUCUUUUGGAGACAGAAUUUGGCAUGUACUUUCUUUCACCUGACAUCUGUUUUUCACAUUGAAGAAGAUUAAGGCAAGCAAAAAGGCUUACGCUGUAUCAUGUAGGUAGGUUGAAUAUCCUUAUGAAGGCCAAAAAAGACAUCAAGCUAGAAGUACUCACUUGUUAGAAGAAUGGCAAGAACAAUAUCUUCUUUCUACACAUCAUUUAUUCUAUCAUCAGUUAAAAUAUAUCAUAGAUUUCAUUGUAAUGGCAUGUAACUUUUAAUACUGAUACUGUACUCAUAUGUUUUUGCUUUGUUCUGUACUGUAUGGAGGCCAGGAUAAUGAAUUCAUCUAAACAUUAGUUUGACAUAAAGGGAAGUCAGAAGGAUUAGUAUUCUGUAUGGAUGAGGUCGUAAUUCUUCAUUCAAACCUUUCUUAUGAUUAAAUAAUUGAGAUUCUGCCAAGUUAUUUUCAUGUGGCAAGGAUUAUUUU